UCACCUGUAGACGCUGAACGGCUUCGGUCCCUAACAGCCUCCGCCUUGGUUAGUGUCCCUCUCUCCGGCACCGGUGGCCGGUAAUUAGCGCUGAUGGUCCGCAAUUAGCACUGAUGGCCCCGGCAUUGAGGGCCAUCGCCGCGGCGGUGAGGGGACUGGCGAUGUGCCAGCGUGGGGUAAAGGAGGGGGCAUGGUGGAAAAAGAAGGGAAAGGGGCGUAAAGGAAAGGGCACGGAAGGCAAGAACUAAAAGGAUAAGGGAGAGAAGGAGGAGGCGGAACAGGCAGAAGGAGAAAAGAGCAGAAAGAGAAGAAAGGAACGAGGCAAGAGAAGGGAAGAAAAGGAAUUGUGGGAAGAAAGAAGGGGACCGUACGCAAUGAAACGUCAGAAAGAGGAGGAAGAGGAGGAAGGCAGGCAUGCAAGCCAAAGGCAGGCAGUGAGGAGACGGACAGCAAGAGGAAGAGGCGGGGGGAGCAGCCGAGCGAGCGAGCGGGGAGUUGGCCGGCGCGGGUCCGCGGUCGCUGUCGGGGAGCGUGCGAGGCGGCGGAGCAGCACACGGUGUCGCUGCAGGCUCAGGGACGGCGGCGGAGCGGCGCGUCGGCUCCGCCCCGGUGCGGCGGAGAGCCCGGCUGUGAGCGCGGGGGGGGGCGGCGCGGCGCGGUGCGGUCAGCAGAGCCGGCGCGUCCGGGCGGCGGCGGGGAGCCGUGCGGGGCCCGUGCGGGAAGGGCGGCGGGUGCGAUGGGCGUGUGGUGGGCGCCCGCGGUGCGGGUGCUGGUGCUGCAGGCGGCCUGGGCGCUGGGCGGCGGGCAGGUGCGCUACUCGGUGCCGGAGGAAGCCAAGGCCGGGACGGUGGUGGGCCGCCUGGCGCAGGACCUGGGCCUGGAGGCGGGCGAGGCGGAGGCGCGGCGGCUGCGGCUGGUGGCGCAGGGCCGGCGGGCGAGCGUGGAGGUGAGCGGGGCGAGCGGGGCGCUGGUGGUGAGCUCGCGGCUGGACCGGGAGGAGCUGUGCGGGAAGAGCGCGCCGUGCGCCCUGCGCCUGGAGGUGCUGGUGGAGCGGCCGCUGCGCGUCUUCCACGUGGAGCUGGAGGUCACCGACAUCAACGACAACGCCCCGCUCUUCCCCGCCGCCCGCAAAAACCUCAGUUUACCGGAGAACUCCCCCGCCGGGUCCCGGUUCCCGCUGGAGGGCGCGUCGGAUGCAGAUAUCGGAGCCAACGCGCAGCUCUCCUAUGCGCUCAGCCCCAACGAGCACUUUACGCUCGAUGUUAAGUCCUCUGAUGAAAAUAGAAAAUCCCUGUUUCUGGUUCUUGCGAAACCGCUGGACCGCGAGUCGGUGGCUGUGCACCGUCUGGUGCUGACGGCGAGUGACGGGGGCCGGCCGCCGCUGACGGGCACGGUGGAGCUGGUGAUCUCGGUGCUGGACGCCAACGACAACGCGCCCCAGUUCAACCAGUCGGUGUAUAAAGCGCAGCUGCCGGAGAGCGCUACCGAGGGGACGCUGGUGGCGCGGGUGAACGCCACGGAUCCGGACGAGGGAAUCAAUAAGGACUUUUCUUACAGCAUCGUCAGUUUGGAUCCUGCCGGUAACAGAGACCUUUUCACCAUUGAUCCGAAGACGGGCGAGAUCCGUCUGACGGGCGCCCUGGACUUUGAAGACGUGCAUUUACACGAGAUACAAAUCGAAGCGAGAGACGAAGGCUGGCCGCCGCUGUCGGGUCACUGCAGCGUGGAGCUGGAGGUGCUGGACGUGAACGACAACGCGCCGGAGGUGUGGGUGACGUCGCUGUCGGUGCCGGUGCCGGAGGACGCGGCGGUGGGGACGGUGGUGGCGCUGCUGAGCGUGUCGGACCGGGACUCGGGGGCGAACGGUCGCGUGCGGUGCGCGGUGUGGCCGGCGUCGCCGUUCGGGCUGGUGGCGACGUUCGCGGGCUCGUACUCGCUGGUGCUGCGGGAGGCGCUGGACCGCGAGCGGGUGGCGGAGUACGAGGUGGAGGUGCGGGCGGAGGACGGCGGGGCGCCGCCGCUGCGCGCCAGCCGCGGGGUGCGCGUGCCGGUGUCGGACGUGAACGACAACGCGCCGGCGUUCGCGCAGGCCGUGUACACGGUGCUGGCGCGGGAGAACAACGCGGCGGGCGCGGAGCUGGCGCGGCUGUGGGCGCGGGACCCGGACGAGGCGGGCAACGGGCGCGUGAGCUACUCGGUGGCGGAGGGCGGCGGCGGCGCGGUGUCGGGCGGGGUGUGGCGGUCGGCGUCGAGCUACGUGUCGGUGGACGCGGAGAGCGGUCGGCUGUGGGCGCUGCAGCCGCUGGACUACGAGGAGCUGCAGGUGCUGCAGUUCGAGGUGCGGGCGGUGGACGCGGGGGAGCCGCCGCUGUGCGGCAACGCGACGGUGCAGCUCUUCGUGGUGGACGAGAACGACAACGCGCCGGCGCUGCUGCCUCCUGCCGGCGGCGGGCCGGGCCCCGGGGCCGCGGGCGAGGCGGCGUCGGGGCCGGGCUCGGGGGCGCUGUGGGCGUGGGCGGCGUGGGGGGCGCCGGCGGGGCAGGUGGUGGCGAAGAUCCGCGCGGUGGACGCGGACUCGGGCUACAACGCGUGGCUGCGCUACGAGCUGUGGGAGCCGCGGGGGAAGGGCCCGUUCCGCGUGGGGCUGUACAGCGGCGAGGUGAGCACGGCGCGGGCGCUGGAGGAGGCGGACGGCCCGCGGCAGCGGCUGGUCAUCGUGGUGCGGGACCACGGGGAGCCGGCGCGCUCGGUCACGGCCACGCUGAGCGUGUCGCUGGUGGAGGGCGCCGAGGCGGCGCUGGCGGCCGCGGGCUCGUCGGGGCCGGGGCUCCGUGCGGCGGCGGGCGCGGAGGGCGACGCGGCGGCGUCGACGAACGUGUGGCUGGUGGUGGCCAUCUGCGCGGUGUCGAGCCUGUUCCUGCUGGCCGUGGUGCUGUACGGGGCGUCGCGGUGGGCGCCGCGGGCGGCCGUGCUGUCGGGGCCCGGGCCGGCGACGCUGGUGUGCGCCAGCGAGGUGGGGAGCUGGUCGUACUCGCAGCGCCAGAGCCGGAGCCUGUGCGUGACGGACGGCGCGGGCAAGAGCGACCUGAUGGUUUUCAGCCCCAACUUCCCGCCGCCGCCCGGCCCCGCGGCGAAGGAGACGCAGCCGGAGCCGCCCGCUCUGCUGGACACGCCAAAACACCCCAAUCCUGACUGGCGCUACUCUGCAUCCCUAAGGGCAGGAAUGCAAAGUGCUGUGCAUAUGGAAGAGGCAGGAGUCCUACGUGGAGGACCAGGAGGGCCUGAUCAGCAGUGGCCAACAGUCUCCAGUGCUACUCCAGAACCUGAGGCGGGAGAGGUGUCCCCCCCAGUGGGAGCUGGUGUGAACAGCAACAGCUGGACCUUUAAAUUUGGACCGGGCAAUCCCAAACAAGGUGGUCCUGGUGAGUUGCCAGACAAAUUCAUUAUCCCAGGAUCUCCUGCAAUCAUCUCCAUCCGGCAGGAGCCACCAAACAGCCAAAUUGACAAAAGUGACUUCAUAACCUUUGGCAAGAAGGAAGAGACCAAGAAAAAGAAGAAAAAGAAGAAGGGAAACAAGACUCAGGAGAAAAAAGAAAAGGGCAACAGCACCACUGAGAACAGUGACCAGUGAGGGGUUUAUACUGAAAGAAGCCACUUAGCCAGUUUUUGUAAUAAUGGCAGAUUUCUCCUAUGUAGCAACUCCCAACUUCUUCCUACUGUUAACAAAUUUCCUGUAUGUACAGACUUGACAAAAUCUGCAGGAAAUUCACAGUGUCUGUCUAAAUUGCUUAACAGGUUUUGUCUUAAAAGCUUUAUUAAGUCUGGUGUUAACUCUUUUUCUCCACUCUGGCUUGUUUUCAGAAUCUAAAAAGCAGACACAAGUUUCCUUUCUCCUACGCCGAAAAGGAGAAUCUUCACAGUACAGCCAGUGAGAGGUUGGACUCUGCACUGUGGUUCCUGUGCUCCUGUCUUGAUGACACUUACAGGACAGGUUUAAAAGUUUUAAUGUUGUGCACCCUCUAUCUGAUUGGAAAUAUUUGUGUGCAGGUGUCAGCUAGGUGAUACAAGAUCAGAUUAUAAACUGCAAGAAGAGCUGGUAAAUACGCAACAGGAGAAACACCUAAUGAAUAUAAAUGUUCAGAGAUGUUCAGGCUGGGGAGGAAAUGUCUGAAAGGAGAUGACCAGACUUUUCAAAUCUUGAGAAGUCACUGCGUGGAAACAUAUGCCCUGUAUAUGAUGUGUUGUACACACUCCUGCAAAUAAAACCUCACAUUUACAGCUCUUUAAGAUACCAUAAAUUUUAUCUCUUACCAAGCAAGCCAUUGGGAAAAUUGUCCCUUAAAGCCCUGCAUUACCCUGGCAAGGCUAGCCCUCAGAGUGUAAGAAGGGCUGGGCUGACAUUCCAGGAAUGUAACUGACUGUGAUGCUCUGUGUCACUAUUUCCACUCUAACAUUAUUUUGCACAUUAUAUCUCUGAAAAGGUCAGAGUUUUUCCACGACACUUAUGCAAAAGAGAGAAAAAAGAAACAUUAACUAUGCUAUUUGUUAUUUGAGAUAUUUAUUUAUAAAGAAAUAUAGCUGUAAAUGUUAAAGAAAUAUGAUGCCCUUUAACCCAAACAGAAGUCAAUCUAGAGCCAUUAUAAAUUACAAUUGCUGCUAUUAAAGUGCUUUAGAAAAAUUGCCUGAAACAUCUGUAUUAUAUCGGCCACUUGCCAAUAACAGCUUUAUUCUGUCGGGUGACUUGGGGGCUGCCUCUUGCAUGUAUUAAUAAGUACAAGAAUAUCUUCUCUUUUUUUUGCAUUACUCUGCACUUUGGAUACACCUUUGCAAACAAACUGUCCUAAUAUGAAGAAGCAGAAGCAAACUCCUCACAGAAAUGGAUUUACUAACCUGCUAGCUCUGUGCAGUACCUUGGUGUUACCUCCCACACCUUUUCUGAUUUUAGUUUUACUUUUCUAUGAGAUUAUGAAUUUCUGACCCUACUAACACUAAUUAUGUAAAAUUCAAGUACUGUAUGUAUGCUGUAUGCUCUUAUAAGAAUCCUGAAAUAUUUAUUCUGUGCUUGUGUAUGUGAAUGUCAAUGCAGCUAUUAUUAGAGUGGACAUUAAGCUUUACUGUUGAAUGUAAAUUCAUUAUUUCUUUUUUGUACACUUGUGAAAAAGUGGAGUAGUGUUAAUUUUUUAAGCCACCGUUGAUUAUCAGUUUUUUGUGUAUGAAACACAAGUAAAAUAUCUUUCUUAAACCAA